AAUCCUGCUAGGGCGUCCCGGGGAGCGUGGCGCGCGCGGCUCCCGGGCGCCUCCCGUUCCACCCCCUUCCCCCCACUCUCAACACCCCUCCCGGAUAAAUGCACACCCUUACACAGCCGCCUCCUCCUCACCGACCCUUCUGGAUGCCCACAAAGGGUUAACUCUGUCCCCCGCGUGACACUUGCUCUUGUUAGCUGGUUCCCCCCAAAACGGCCCUUCGCACCCCCCGCCCCCACCGGGUGAUAGGAGGGGAGGGGGAGGGUCACCCCUGGCGCGCGCUCCCUCCCUUAUGGUGGCGGCGGUGGUCUGCGAGGAGGUGGGGGAGAGGAUGUCCUAGCGGAAAGUGCCCGCUCCCCCCCUCCCCCGCCCGCCGCACAAAGAGCGCCGGCGGCGGCCGAGGCCUGAUUUGCCUUUAAAGGUUGCGGCUUGGCGUUUAAGGUGUCCCAGAGACGCGUCUCUGCGUCCGCAUGGAGAGCCCGGCCGCCGCCACCGCCUCGCACCCGCGUGCUGGUGCCCGCUCCAUUGUUUAUUUCCCGGGGUUCGGGGGGAGGUAGGUUGAGGCAGCGGCCGCCGGUUCCGUGCGCCUUCCUCAUCCCUCAAUUCCCCCCCACACACACACACUUGGCACUUUUUAAAUACUUCUACUUGCUUGAGGAGGAAAGGGUUAAACUUCAUCUCUACAUAUUCAUGUCAUUGUUUUAAAGUAUAGUAAACAUCUGAGGGGCGGAGAGUGGCGGGAGACAGCAUAGCCUCUUGUUAAGCAAAUUGACUUUCACCUCCCCCGCCGCCUGAAUUACCCGUUUCCCUGAUUGUCCCCUGAUCUUUUCCAAUCAACAACCCCCCCCAAUGGGAAUUUCCUGUUUUCCCCUACCUAGAACUCUGGUGGUUCAGAUACUAAUUCUAGUUUGAAUGGGAGAACUCUUGAGCUUCGAGAUAAGCUUGCUGGUACUCUCCUAACUUUUUCACUUUAAAUCCAGUGAGGUGGCAUGCAAAUGCUGGGUGGACCAGCAAGAAACCAACAGACUAGAGGAGGGGGGAAAAAAGACUAAACCGUGAGUGUGUGUGCCUCAGAGCCAUGUCUGUUCGGGAAUCCUUUAACCCAGAAAGUUAUGAAUUGGACAAGAGUUUCCGGCUAACCCGAUUCACUGAACUGAAGGGCACAGGCUGCAAGGUGCCGCAAGAUGUCCUGCAGAAAUUGCUGGAAUCCUUACAAGAGAAUCACUUCCAGGAAGAUGAACAAUUUUUGGGGGCAGUUAUGCCAAGGUUAGGCAUUGGAAUGGACACCUGCGUUAUUCCUUUGAGACAUGGUGGUCUUUCCUUGGUUCAGACCACAGAUUACAUUUAUCCUAUUGUGGAUGAUCCAUAUAUGAUGGGCCGGAUAGCCUGUGCCAAUGUUCUAAGUGACCUUUAUGCCAUGGGCGUCACGGAAUGUGACAACAUGUUGAUGCUUCUUGGAAUUAGUAAUAAAAUGACAGACAGGGAAAGGGACAAAGUGGUGCCCCUAAUUAUACAGGGUUUUAAAGAUGCAGCAGAAGAAGCAGGAACAUCUGUAACUGGUGGCCAAACAGUAUUGAAUCCCUGGAUUGUGUUAGGUGGAGUUGCUACAACAGUCUGUCAGCCCAAUGAGUUUAUCAUGCCUGAUAAUGCAGUACCAGGAGAUGUGCUUGUGUUGACAAAACCCCUAGGAACACAAGUAGCUGUAGCUGUGCAUCAGUGGCUGGAUAUUCCAGAAAAAUGGAAUAAAAUUAAGCUUGUGGUCACCCAGGAAGAUGUGGAACUGGCAUAUCAAGAAGCAAUGAUGAACAUGGCAAGGCUCAACCGAACAGCUGCUGGACUUAUGCACACUUUUAAUGCGCAUGCAGCCACGGAUAUCACAGGGUUUGGGAUCUUGGGCCACGCACAGAACCUUGCUAAACAACAGAGGAAUGAAGUGUCCUUUGUUAUCCACAACCUUCCAGUGUUGGCCAAGAUGGCUGCUGUUAGUAAGGCCUGUGGAAACAUGUUUGGCCUUAUGCAUGGAACCUGCCCAGAAACAUCAGGAGGCCUUCUGAUCUGUUUACCACGUGAGCAGGCAGCUCGUUUCUGCGCAGAAAUUAAGUCCCCCAAAUAUGGGGAAGGUCACCAAGCAUGGAUUAUUGGGAUUGUAGAGAAAGGCAAUCGUACAGCCAGAAUUAUAGACAAACCUCGGAUCAUUGAAGUAGCACCACAAGUGGCCACCCAAAAUGUGAAUCCCACGCCUGGUGCCACCUCUUAAUCUAGACAAAAAUAGUUAUUUGGUUUUGUUUUUAAAUAGAUCUAUUCCUUUUAUCAUCAUUACAAUUAAAGACUGUAAAAAAAAUCUCAUUGUGUCUACACAUCUGGUGACCUUAGGUCAAUUUGUGAGUGGAUACAAUUAAUAAAAUAAAAUCCAUUGCCUUUUUUUCCUGUUACAUUAACUGAAGAUGCACCUAAUCUUGAGGCAGCUUCUGAGUUGAGAAUUAUAUUGUUAUCCAAUACUGUUGAUUCAUUUUGAAUCUUUAGACACUUAUCUCUCGCCGCAUAGGCUCUUUUUAAAGGUGCUUUCACAUAGCACAGACAUUACCAGUAGUAGUGUCAUUUAGCAGUUUGUGUCUUCAUUACAUGUAUAUUUAUCAUUAUAAGUCUAAUAAUUUUUCGAUGUCUUGAAUGGUAUUCUGGAAAGGCAGAAUGGGUAGAUGACACAAUGGGUAUACCCAAUAGUAGUAAGAGGGUUGCAUGAUUACUUUCAGUCUUUGAUUUGUAAAGUCUAGUCUUAUGAUCCAAGAGCAUCUCUCCGACCCUAGACUUAGUAGUGCACUCAGUUAAAUAAGGCAAGUGCUUCAUUCUGCAUGGAAAGCACUUUGAAGUUGAAGGAGAAAUUUUCAUUUCAUUAUUUGUAGACCUUAUAAUAUUUACUGUAAUAUCAAUAAUUGUUUUCUUUCUUAAAAGGGGGGGGAAUUGCUAACUUUUUGCAAUGUAAUUGGAUGUGCUAUAGUGCAGCAAAGAAUUGCCGACCAAAAGGGGAUUAAUGUAUAAUAUUCAUUUACAAUUCAGUAUAUAAUUAACUACACAAAUAAUUUUUAAAUAUAAUCAAUAAUAAAAAGACUGUUCUGUGGAUGGUAGUGUUUAAUACAUUUUAUAUUUUGUAUAGUGGUUACAGACCUUUGUUUUCUUAAAAAUCAGCAGCUGUUUAGCAUAAUUCCUAGCAUUAUUUUGUCCUCUCCAUUACUUUUUUGUGCACGCUUUUUGUGAUCUGUGUUAAAAAUCUACAUUGCCAACAUUGCAGCUUGAACUUAAAACUUGUUAUUCAAAUAAAUAUUUAAUUUUUUUUAUUGCUCUUGUAUAAGCAGAUGCCCUUUUUAGUUUUGUUUGGAGGGAGUUGGGAGGGUUUUGUUUAAAAUCUAGUUCCCUCCAAUAAAUUAUAUUUUAGUUUUAUAGAAGUUUUAAAUUUUAUGUGAGCCAUUUGUUCUUUGAUUAAAUAUUAGACUUCAAGGAUAAGGGCAUCAUCUUUUUUUUAAAAAAGUAUUGUAUGUAUUUCCUGAAAACAGAUUUCCUUGUGUUAGAAUUUCCUAAUCAGUAAUAGCACAAGAGGAUUGAAUCUUGAAGUGUGUAUCUUUCUGAAUGAAGCAUCAGCAAGUCUUUGGAAACAACCUGCUCACAAGCACCACAGACCUUUUCAGAGAAUACCACUUCCAGUCACAUAAGCUGUGGAACUGUCCUCCUUCAAAGAAAAUAAGGGUGGCUCAUACAGGUAUAACAGUGGAACUCUAGCCAGAAUUCUAGUGUACAGAGCUCAUAUUAACUGGAGUUGUUUCAUCUAAAUGUAUGCACAUAUUGUCAUGAAUUGUUUCAUAUCAAAAACUAGACAGAUAAGUGGCCUUCUCAAAAAAUGGUGCUAGAACUCAGAUAAAACCUGAACAUUUUCAAACCCUCGCCCUUCAAAAAAAGAAUAUGAUUGAUUCCUAAAUAGGAAUUGCUCUUAAAAUGAAAGCUUUCUGUAAUCAAUCCUGAUGUUUUUAAUUUGUGGCAAGCUUUCUUUGAAGGCAAGAGCUAACAACUUCAUGAGAUGGUUCAGGUUAUCUUACAAGUUAAAUGAAGGUGAAUACUUUGAAGUCUGAUUAAUGCUGGUUUCGAAGAAAAGUUCUUGCAGAAAUGUUGUUGGAGGAAGAUAGGGAAAACUUAGAAGUAAAUCAAAAUGUACAAGGUCUAACAAAAUACUUGGAGCUUGAUGGCUUUUGAUUUUUUAAAAUUCUAUGACCUUCUUGUACAACAGCCCUAUUUGAUAUCUGGGCAAUUUGUCUUAGCAGCCAUGUCUGGAAUGUUGAAAUGAUAACUGAAGAAAUCAAGUAGCUCGAAUUGUAUCAGUUUUUAUGCACAAACAACCUGGCCUUUCUGGUGUAAAUGUGCCUUUAAUAAAUAAAUAUAUUGCAUAUACUUCAA